UUUGUGGGUGGCGCUGGCUGUGUCCUUCACAAUUAUGGCGGAUAAACGCAAAUACAAGAGAUCGAAAGAGGAAAUCGCCCGCGAAUUCGAUCUGCCCGAGCGCAAAUCCAAAAUAGCAACAAUACUCAAGCAAGAUGAUCAGGCCUACUGCAUAUGUCGCACAUCCGACUGCUCCAGAUUCAUGAUUGGCUGCGACGGCUGCGAGGAAUGGUAUCAUGGCGACUGCAUUGGCAUCACCGAAAAGGAGGCCAAGCACAUUAAACAAUAUUAUUGCCGCAGAUGCAAGAAGGAGAAUCCGGAGCUGCAGACCAUAUUCCGUCUGGUGGCCACCGAGCGUGCGGCCGCCACGGCAGCUGCAUCAACAGGUGGCGCCCACAGCGGAUAUGGGGCCACAAAUGCGUCUGGCUCACUUGCUGGACAAGCGGCUGCUGGCACCUCGGCGGGCACCAGUGGCGGUGCGGGCGGAACUGGUCGCAAAAACAAUAGCAUGGCCAAAGAAACGAAGGCAGCCAGACGGUGCGGCACAUGCGAAGGUUGCCGGCGACCCAACUGCAACCAGUGUGACGCCUGUCGCACACGGGUCGGCCACAAGCCGCGCUGCAUCUAUCGCAACUGUGUAAUGCAGGCUGCCCAUCCGGCUCAUCCAGUAGCAACGACAGGUCGCAAGCGCGAAAAGGGCAACGUUAUUCAGCAGCAGCAGCAGCGCAAAAGCAAAGUUUUGCGUUCCGACAGUCCGGAGAUAUUUGUGCAUCCAGAGCUGGAGGGUUUGCGACAGUGUCAUGGACCGAGCUGCCGUUGUCAGGCCCGACCGCAAAGUAAAUACUGCAGCGACAAGUGCGGCUUCAAUCUCGCUACGAAUCGUAUAUUCCAGGUGCUGCCGCAGCGUCUGCAGGAAUGGAACUUGACGCCCUGCCAUGCAGCCGAGGAGAAUCGCGAACAACUGGAAGUCAUCAGACAAAAGCAGUCUAUGGUGCGCUUUGCACUCGCCGAGCUGGAAAAACGCGCCGAGGAGCUCAACAUGGUGGUGGACCGUGCAAAACGCAGUUCCAUAGACACCCAACGGCCGCAGGACAACGGCGAUGUGGAGGACGAGCAGAGCAUGUACUGCAUUACAUGCGGCCAUGAGAUACACUCACGCACCGCCAUCAAGCACAUGGAAAAGUGCUUCAAUAAAUACGAAUCGCAGGCCAGCUUUGGCAGCAUCUUUCAGACCCGCAUGGAGGGCAAUAAUAUGUUCUGUGACUUUUAUAAUCCGGCCAGCAAAACGUAUUGCAAGCGCUUGCGCGUCCUCUGCCCGGAGCACAGCAAGGAUCCUAAGGUUAGCGAUACGGAUGUGUGCGGUGCGCCGCUUGUGCACAAUGUUUUCAAUCCCACCGGUGAAUUUUGUCGUGCACCCAAAAAGAAUUGCUUCAAGCACUAUGCCUGGGAGAAGAUACGCAGGGCCGAAAUCGAUUUGGAGCGAGUGCGUCAAUGGCUCAAAAUGGAUGAUCUGAUGGAACAGGAACGCCAGCUGCGGCAACAGCUCAGCUCGCGUGCCAAUUUACUUGGCCUGAUGCUGCACUCUACCUACAAUCACGAGGUAAUGGACGAGCUGGUGCGCAAGCAGCAGGAACAUUUCGCCGAGCUCGAGAAGCAGAAGCGGCGACAGGCGCACUACCAGCAGGUGCAGCAGCAGCAGCAGCAUUUCCAGCAGCUGCAUCAGCAGAAACAACAGCAACAGCAGCAGCAACAGCAACAGCAGCAACAUCAAUUGCAACAGCAAAACUUACAACUACAACAGCAAAACUUGCAACUUCAACAACAACAACAACAACUUCAACAGCAGCAGCAGCAGCAACAACAACAACAGCUUCAGCUGCUCUACCAGCAGCAGAAGAUGCAGCAGCAAUGACAAAAGAAGAAACCGCAAACAACAAUAACAAAGAAAAAGAAACAAACACACAAGAAAGUUAUCAACUAAUUGAUAAACGCUGCAUACUUAAACAUUAGUGUAUGGCUGGCUAUAUUAUGUUUUUAACGAGCUAAGAUAUCCCCUUGUAUGUCUCUUCUCUUCCCCGCCCCCGCCCCAUCCUAUACCAUUAAGCACACACAAGAAUAAAAUUGACAUGCACACAAUAUGUAAAAUACACCGCAACCGAUCACCAUGGAUAUGAAUAUACAUAUAUGAUAUUAACAAUAAGUUGUGUGUAUUACCGUUACCAUCAGCAACCCGAUCAACAGAAUAUACUCACCGGCUGUUCUUAUUCGCGCUCUCUCUCUCUCUCUCUCUCUCUCUAUCGCUCUCUCUCGUACUCGCUCUAUGUUGUGUGCGGGAGGUUGCCAGGCGGCGGCAAAUCGGCUACCCCUGCUCCUGUUUGUUAUUGAAAACUAAGCAUCAAAAAUAUUUAUUGAUAGCAACCUGUCGGCGACUUACACUGGGCCAACCAGUCCAAGCGCAUAUCAUUCACAUUGUCAGUCUUAAAAUUGUACUCGGCUUAGCAAAUGAUUAACGCUGCUUGCACUUGUUUCGCUCGUCUCGUUUUUUUCUCGUUCCAAUCUGUCGUCCUGCUUUGAGAGUGAGCAGCAGCAGCAUACUAUCUUAGAUCCAAUAGUUCUACUUAAAUGAUCCAUCACAGUGUGGCCAUAUUGUAGAAUUGAGUAUUAGGUUUAAGCAAAACAAACAAUUUUAAAAAAAUGCCAUUUCUUAUAUGUAAGACAUGUAUGU